AUGAUCUCUGCAUGCUAUGCUCCUUGCAUAUUAUUAAUACUCCUUAUUCUUUCCAGAACAAAAGCGACAGCUAGCAAGGAUCUACCACCGUUGAAGAAAGACUCUGUAGGUCUCAAGAAAGAAGAGGUAACGAAAAAGGAAGCAACGCGUGAGAAAAAGGAGGGAUCGGCGAAGAAGGUUGCGCAGCCGAAGAAGGAGAAGGAACCAGUGAGGGAAGUGGUACGCCCGAAGAAAGAAAAGGAGCCUGUGAAAGGAGUGGUGCCGGUGAAAAAGCAGUCUCCAGUAAAGAAGGAGCCGUCGGUCAAAAAGGAAGGGGUGGCAGUCAAGAAGGAGGCGCUAGUCAAGAAGGAAGGGAUGAUAUUCAAGAAAGAGAAAGUAGCAGCCAAGAAGGAGGUGGUUCCGGAAACGCAGGUAACACCAAAUACACCUUCGCCAGCCACCAGUGAGUCUUCUGAAUCGCCAGCUGUAGUAUUUAAGUUUAUGGUACCAGGAAAAGUCGCAGCACAGGUUCCAUCCCAAGCGACUUCUGAGAACAAGAAAGAAGUGGUGGCCAGCACUGAAGGUAUGCUGGAUGACGAUGAGCCGGUGAUUGUGUCUGGACCUGCCUGCCAGGCACUGGAAAUUAUCCGGGCCAAAGGACUGCUUAACAGCGGCGCCAAAACUGAGAGGGAGAAUGAAAUAAUCCGACUGUAUUUCGCCGGAAAAGGGGCUCGCGAGCAGGAGCAGGAAGCCCAUCAUGCAAUCGAGAAAGCCAUUGAUCUGGCCGUAACGCGGGCGAAAAGUGAAGCGGGCAUCACUGGUAGCUUAUACGAUUUUCUCACCUAUAAUCGAUCCAAUGCCAUCGCACUAAUGAUUGACGCCAUGAAAUACCGGAAAAAAGAUUUUUUACCGGACGUUUGGGAUAUCGACCGGACGCCGAAAAAAUAA